UGAAAUUGCAGUAGCCAUAAGUAUACAUUUGUCCCUUUUCACAGAGAUCUUUAAUUGACGCGCAACCCUUCGUUACCGUGUCAGGAUUGUUGAGGAUUCAAUAGCAGUCUCGUGGUCAUGGCGAGGGAACAGGCGAGUGUGCUGAACGCGCUCGAUGUGGCCAAGACGCAAUGGUACCACUUCACCGCCAUCGUCAUCGCCGGCAUGGGUUUCUUCACCGACGCUUACGAUCUCUUCAGCAUCGCCAACGUCACCAAGUUGUUGGGACGUAUCUACUACACCCAUCCAGGCUCCGACAAGACCGGCAGUUUGCCGCCGAGAGUGUCGAUGGCCGUUAACGGCGUGGCUCUCUGUGGAACGUUGGCUGGUCAGGUUUUCUUUGGGUGGCUCGGCGACAAGUUGGGGAGGAAGAAGGUGUACGGGAUGACCCUCGCUCUUAUGGUUAUUGCCUCGCUGGCUUCUGGUCUGUCUUUUGGUGACACCCCAAAAGGCGUCAUCUCCACUCUCUGUUUCUUCCGAUUCUGGCUUGGCUUCGGAAUCGGUGGCGACUACCCUCUCUCCGCCACCAUCAUGUCGGAAUACGCCAACAAGAAGACUCGUGGAGCGUUUAUUGCCGCCGUCUUCGCUAUGCAAGGGUUCGGAAUUUUGGUUGGAGGAAUUGUUGCUCUGAUCGUCUCCACGGCGUUCGAUCACGCGUACAAGGCUCCGCCGUACAAUGUGAACGCAGCCGCUUCUCUUCCAAAGCAAGCCGACUACGUUUGGCGCAUAAUUCUGAUGUUCGGAGCUGUGCCGGCGGCCAUGACGUUCUACUCGCGAGCGAAGAUGCCGGAAACGGCCAGGUACACCGCUCUUGUGGCCAGGAACGCAAAACAAGCAGCAGCCGAUAUGUCGAAGGUCCUCCAAGUCGAACUCCAAGCCGACGAGCCGACAAAAUCAACCGAAAGAGGCAGCAACAACAGCUUCGGUUUGUUUAGCAAGGCAUUCGCUCGCAGACAUGGCCUCCACUUGCUCGGAACAUGUGCCACCUGGUUCCUACUUGAUAUUGCUUUCUACAGUUCGAAUCUUUUCCAGAAAGAUAUUUAUACGGCAGUGGGAUGGAUUCCUCCGGCGGCUGAAAUGAACGCUAUCCAUGAAGUCUACAGGGUGGCAAGAGCACAAGUACUGAUUGCGCUGUGCGGCACCGUGCCGGGAUACUGGUUCACGGUGGCCUUCAUAGACAUAUUGGGACGAUUCUUCAUCCAGCUGAUGGGUUUCUUCUUCAUGACCGUCUUCAUGUUGGCGCUCGCAAUUCCCUACGAUCACUGGACCAAGAAGGAGAACAGGGUUGGGUUCCUUGUGAUGUACGCACUGACCUUCUUCUUCGCCAACUUCGGUCCUAACGCCACCACUUUCAUCGUGCCAGCCGAGAUCUUCCCGGCGAGGCUGCGGUCCACUUGCCACGGGUUGUCAGCGGCUGCCGGAAAGGCCGGAGCGAUCGUCGGCGCGUUCGGGUUCUUGUAUGCAGCACAGAGUAAAGAUCCAAAGAAGACUGAUGCAGGGUACCCACCUGGGAUUGGGAUGAAGAAUGCUCUGAUCAUGCUUGCCGUCAUUAACUUUGUGGGGAUGUUGUUCACGUUCUUGGUUCCCGAGGCUAAGGGAAAAUCUCUGGAAGAGAUGAGCAGAGAGAACGAGGAAGAAGAAGAUGAUGCAGCAACCACGGCUUCAAGAACUAUUAAUCCAGUCUGAUCAUAUGUGAAUUCAAUUAGCGAUAUGAAAUGUUUUCUCUAUCAAGGUAAGUGAAGAAAGUGAAGGUGUGUGCGCCUGCAAGUAUAUAAGCUUGGAUGAUAUCACAGGAUCGAAAUUAGUGGCAAAAGUAUAAGAGAAAUUCAGUUUUUUUGGGGUAUACUUUGGUUAUAUAUGUGAUUCCAAGUAGAAUCAAAUUUCAAAUUAAAGAUUAUUGUAAGAAAACGUAUUACUUUGUUUAAUCUUGAUUUUCUAAUAGAGGGAGGUUUGUU